UCUCUCUCUCUGCCUGCAGAGCAGACAUGCAGCAGAGCUUGAUCUGAUUUGUCGUCCCUGCUGGAAGUUUUUUCUCGCUCUUUGGAACUUAUUUGGGUGCCUCGCUCACGCUGUGAUAUGGCCGUUUCUGUUUCUCUCCAGUCUCUGGGGCUCAUCAUGCUCGCAGCGAUCCUCCUGCAGACCAUCGCGGUUGCCAUCAGCUUUGUGUACUUCAACAAAGUCCUGAGCACGAUGCAGGAGAGUUUCUCCCGCAGUAGCGUUUCCUGUCUAAUAAACGCAAAUCUGCGCUCGGAGGUCAAAGAUUCAGCGGAGGACAAGAAGAGCGACCCCUGCUGGCAAGUCACGCAACAGCUCCACUACCACAUAGAGAAGACGAUGGCGGACAGAUUCCAGAGUGAGAUAUCCACGGCUAUGAGAAAUAAGCUAACAGGAGUGCUGCCUCUCUUGAGCCCUGGGGUCCGAGGGGUCCCUCUUCCCAAAGUUGCUGCCCACGUGACGGGUGUCGUCUCCUCGGAGCCUCUAACAGCAGACGGCCCGCGGAGCAGCAGGGGUUACCUGGGGGAGCGAAUCAGAGCGUGGGAGGGCCAGAGAGGUCUGUCCUUCCUGCAGAACAUGGAGCUGAGAGGGGGAGAGCUGCUGGUGCCUAGAGCCGGCCUCUACUACAUCUACGGCCAGACCUACUUCAGACUGCCGUCCACGGGGGAGACGGAUGGGGAGGCGAAGGAGGAGGAGGGGGCUCAGCUUGUCCAGUAUAUAUACAAGAAGAUGAGUUCCUACACGGUGCCCAUCCUGCUGAUGAAAUCGUCUCGGAGCGCCUGCUGGCCUCGGGGUCCAGAGCCGGGUCUCUUCUCCCUGCACCAGGCCGGGACCGCCUUCCUACAGCCUGCGGACCGCAUCUUCAUCACCGUCAGCAAUGCCAGCGUCAUGGAGAUGGACGGGAGGGCGAGCUACUUUGGGGCCUUCCUAGUGGGCUAAAGAGAGAGAGUGGAUAGCAGUUUCCAGGACUGGGAUGACUUGAUAUAGACAUCAACAGAAGUGAACUCAAACGUUUACUUGUCUGAGGGUACAGGAUUGGAGAAGAAGACUCUGAGGAGUAGAAAGGACUUCUUCUGGACUAUGGAGCUGUAAGGAUACGAUCAAAUAGAGCUGCGGUGGCAGACUCUCAUGCCCCUUUAGCACCAAAUAAGGUCUGGUUCUUGCAUCGGUUCCAUCUAGGAUUCUUGGUGCUGCCCAGCAAACCAGUCAGCGUUUCCUUUGGUUUUCAGCAGAACUGUUGUAAUAAAUAAUGCAUCAUGAACAGAGGGCGGUGGACACUCCACAACAGAAGUAAACCGUAGCAAAAAGGCUGCUUGUACUCAUUAUCUGCAAGCUUUUGAUCAGUUUUUACAGAUAUUAAAAAAAACAAGCAUGGUAACUAUUAAUGGUAAGACGACACACCUUCUGAUGUCACAUGAAUCACAGCUCAGGUCAAAACAAAAACUGCUUUUUUGUUGGAACUGAGAAACAAAAUUUCACGUUCUGAACCAAUUUCGUUUUGGUCUAAUUGAUCUUAACCAUUUCAAAAUGUGUCCCAUGUUGGUGGAAAAGGAGCAACAGUGGCCUGAAAUGACAAGGAAGAAGCCAUUUGGGACCUUUUGGAGGAGUACAAUAGAUGCAGAUUAAAUGUUGUGCUCUCAUGUGUGAAUGACUUCUAUUGAGAGCUGUUUUGCCUGCGGGUCAGUCGAGUUAUUAUCCCCAGAAAAUGACAGUGCUGUUGGACUUAUGAAACUCGCCUUUUGUGAAAAAUAAGUAUGACAAGAAUAUUUUUGAUGUUCA